AUGGAAAAAAAUGUUCGUGAUGCUCGUAGAUAUAAUGACUCACAAAAUUUACGUGAAGAUGUUGAUUUUGUUGCAUGGCAUUAUGAUGAUAAUGCAUUUAAUUUUGAUGAAGUUUCUAUUCCACCUGGACGAGUUCUCACUGGAGUUAGAUUUGCAAUGGUUGAAAUAAAAAAAGGUGAGAAAAAGAAACGUAUUCAAGUACAAGCUGAAUCGAUGGAAUACGAUCAUAUAAUUGGUACAUUAGUACAGAAUACUGAAAAAUGGACAAAACCUGAUCCUAACAAUCAUAACACCGCAUUGAAGUUCGUAAACAAUAUACCAAUAAAUUCAGACCAACCAACAAUACGUGAUUCAGAAACAAAUCAAUAUGUAAUACCAGGUAUAAGUGAUGAACGGAAAGAUGCUGGACAAUCAGUACUUCCAUUUUUCGAUGCACAAACUAUAGGUUGUAGACCAGAAGCACCACUUGGUGGUAUUGGUUUACAUCAUCGAGGUGUAGCUAAGAGAUCUGAGGAUUCUGGAUUUUUGGGACUGAGUGCUCAUACUGUUGAUUAUGCUAGUUUCCUGAGAAAAGGUGCGAAAAAAUAUGCUGAAACUCGAAAGUUGAUAGAGGAAGAUGAUGAUGAUGAUGAUGAUGAUGAUGAUGAUGAUAAUGAUGAUGAUGAUAAUGAUGACGAUGAUGAUGAUGAUGAUGAUGAUGAUGAUGAUGAUGAUGAUGAUGAUGAUGAUGAUGAUGAUGAUGAUGAUGAUGAUGAUGGUGAUGACGAUGAUGAUUGAGUUCAACCUCGACAACACAUAUAAAAAAAUAUGCAACUCGGUAAUUCUUGGUAUAUAAAUUAAUAAUUUAAUAUAAUUGUUAAAAGUAAAUUUGUUGAUGUAAUGAUUAAAACAAAGUAAAAACCUACACAAGACGUAAAAAAAAAAAAAAAGAAAAAAAAA